AUGGGUGCAGAAUACCAAGCUUUCCCUGACGGUGAGGAGUACGUCUCGACCGUCAGUAUGAACGGCUUCAACCGUCGCCUUCGGCGUGCCGUUAAGCUCUUGUUCGCCCUUGUCGUUCUCACCGGUGUGACCUUCCUCGGUGUUGCCUACAUGGCCGUUAAGCUCGGCAAAGAGCGCGAGUAUCGUGCUUACUUGGAAGAGCAGCUACAUGCCCAGAACGAGGAUGGCAAGACACUGUCGAAGCGGUUCCCUUUCUGGUUCCUCGGCGCCGCUCUGUGGACUGGCAACCAGGUCUUCGCCUUUUACAGUCUUGCGACUAGCUGCAAGAGUUUCAGCAGCAGCGCCGGUAACGCCGCCACGUGCAUUUGGGGCGCCAUUUCCACGGCCGCGACCUUUAUCGGCGUGGCCAAGCACGGCGCCUCGACCGUCAAGAUCAUCCACGACCGCCUGGCCCAGAACGGCAUCUCCAUCGGCGGCUGGAAGCGCAGCGACGCCGUCCUGGAGGCUGAAGAGGCUCUGAGCCAGAUGUUCAUGGUGCCCGUAGCCCUCGACGGUUUCAUGGCUCACCACCAUCCCAAGCUUGCCCGCCUUCAGCUGACCGAGGGUACUCUCUGGCCCGUCUUCCACAUGUACAACCAUCACAACACCAGCAUGCACUUUACGCUGACGGCCCACGAGGUUGACCAUUCCGUGAUGUCCCUUGGUUUUGGCCAGAAGAGCGAUCCCAGCACCAUUGGCAAGCGCGAGUCGUACAACGACGAGUACUUUUCGAACGGCGGCAUCGACUACACCGAUUGUUUCAACGAUAUGCAGGACGUGGAUCUACUCAACAAGGGUUCGGACUAUCAGCAGAUGGACCGAGAUGUUGAGUGCUACUUUCCCGACUUGAGCAACACAUACGGUGUUGAGAUUCAGAUCUACGACUCCAAGAUUAAAGGCACAAUUGGCUCCGGAUCCAUCGCCGCCUUCCGCGGAAGUGACCACGCUAGCAGCAUCAGUGCCAUGCCAGGCUGCCCGUCUGGCCUUAAGGCUACUAGCAAAUGCAAGAAGGCGUAA